UUUCACUUGAAAUUUCAACCAAUGAGAAUUCAAUAAAAGCCUCAAAUUUUUCUUACAAACAAAUAAGCUUAUCCAACACCCAUUUCCCUACUCAAAUUACUUCAAGCAGAGAGAUGGCUCUCCUCACUCUCUCUUCUACUCCUCCUAUCACCUCCAUUGUUCUUUCUUCUUCCUUGUCAAUCAAGCCGCAAAAUGUUUCUGUUGCAUUGCAUCCAACAUCUCGACUCGGCUUACAGGUUCAUGCGCCACUAAGUGCUCAAAGAAGAUGCACUGUUAUCGCUAUGGCUUCAGCUGCACAGGAACCAGCUGGAGAAGGUGGAGAUGAAUCUGGAAAUGCAGAAGAAAGCACUCCGAUUCAGAAUCUUCCACUGGAGUCGAAGUUGCAGCUGCAGCUUGAACAGAAAAUGAAGAUGAAAAUCGCAAAGAAGAUUAGACUCAGAAAGAAACGUCUGAUGCGCAAAAGAGUGAUGAGGAAGAAAGGUCGAUGGCCACCUUCGAAGAUGAAGAAGCUUAAGAAUGUGUAAGGGAAGCAACACAAUUUCUAACUGUUUUUCUUUCGAAAAGAUUAUUUAAUACGGUAUUUUGUAGCUCGUUUUGAAGAUGCGACCUAAUUUGGUUUUGUGCUCUGAUUACUUUGAUGACAAUACUUGUGCAUUCGUCGUAGAAGACAAGCUUUGUCCUGUAGAUGUCAAAGUGGAUGAACAACAACAUAGACAAGCAUAUUUUUGUUCAUUUCAGCAGAAUGUAUAUGAUUGAGCAGUGUACUUUACUACCUUCUGUUUGUCACAAUCUACUGAGGCCCGACUCCUGAGGGGCUGAGGACAAUGAACUCGGAAAUCUUUGUUUGGA